AUGGCGCCCAAGCAAGGAAAGUCCGCGCAGAAUUCUGCCGCAACGGCAAGCCAGGCGGCUUCUAAGAACGCCAAGGGCGCGAAGAAGAAGAAGUGGUCCAAGGGAAAGGUCAAGGAGAAGGCCAACAACCUCGUUCUGUUCGACGAGGACACGUACGAGAAGCUGUACAAGGAAGCGCCCAAGUACAAGCUGAUCACGCCCUCCGUGCUCGCCGAGCGUCUGCACAUCAACGGCUCCUUGGCUCGCAUGGCCAUCAAGGAACUCAUGGCCAAGGAUGAGAUCCGUAUGGUGUCGCAGCAUUCUUCUCAGCUGAUUUACACCCGUGCUACAAACAUUUAAGGGCAAUAUCAACAUGUAGCGACCGCGUUGUAGAGCUUGUUCAACGCGCUGGUAAAUGUUGUAUCGUCUUCCUGUGUUG